AGACUUCUCUUGUUUGCCCUCAGAACAAGAUGUAGAAGAACUCUCAGCUCCUCCUGCACCAUGCCUGCCCGGAUACAACCAUGCUUCCUGCCUUGAUGAUAAUGGACUGAACCAAACCUCUGAACUUGUAAGCUGGAGUUGUCUGGGAAAAGGAACCUGAAUGGAGAAAAUGGCUCUAUCAGAUUGCCUGUAAUCCAAGACCAGCCUUUGCUCUGUUCCUGCCUUCAAGUUCCUGCCAUUGAGUCAGCCCUUGAUGAGGAAACCUCCAGGCCUAACCCGGCCCUGCCCGACCGCACCCGAGCUCAGGGUUUGCUCGGCGUCCGCCCGGCCAGCCAUGGGAGCCCGGUGCCGCAACUUCUCCGUGCUCCUGCUCCUGCUGCAGGUCUCCUCACGGCUUUGCCAGAAGUUGGAGCCGGAGCCGGAGCCUGAGCCCUGCAGUCCCGGCUUCAGUUCCGAGGUCUACACUUUCGUAGUGCCGGAGACGCACCUGGAGAAAGGCCACGUCCUGGGCAGAGUGAGAUUUGAAGGAUGCACCGGUCGGCCAAGGACAGCCUUCGCUUCCGAAGACACCCGAUUCAAAGUGGCGACAGACGGUGUCAUCACAGUCAAGCGGCAUCUAAGGCUUCAUAAACUGGAUACCAGUUUUCUUGUCCAUGCCUGGGACUCCAGUCACAGGAAGCUUUCUACCAAAGUGAUGCUGAAACCCAUGGGGCACCACCACCACCGGCACCACCACCGCGACCCCGUCUCCGAAUCCAAGCCAGAACUGAUGACAUUUCCCAGCCUUUCCCAGGGUCUCAGAAGACAGAAGCGAGACUGGGUCAUUCCUCCCAUCAGCUGCCCCGAAAAUGAGAAGGGCGAUUUCCCGAAGAAUCUGGUUCAGAUCAAAUCCAACAGAGACAAAGAAACAAAGGUUUUCUACAGCAUCACCGGCCAAGGAGCUGACAAACCCCCCGUUGGUGUUUUCAUCAUUGAGAGGGAGACAGGCUGGCUCAAAGUGACACAGCCUCUGGACAGAGAAGCCAUUGCCAAGUACAUCCUCUUUUCACAUGCUGUGUCAUCAAAUGGGGAAGCAGUGGAGGAUCCUAUGGAGAUCGUGAUCACUGUGACAGAUCAGAACGACAACAGGCCAGAGUUUAUCAAGGAGGUCUUUGAGGGAUUCGUUGCAGAAGGUGCUCUUCCAGGAACCUCCGUGAUGCAGGUCUCAGCCACCGACGCGGAUGAUGAUGUCAACACCUACAACGCUGCCAUCGCCUACACCAUCCUCAGCCAAGAUCCUGAGCUGCCUCACAAAAACAUGUUCACUGUCAACAGGGACACCGGGGUCAUCAGCGUGGUCACUUCCGGCCUGGACCGAGAGAGUUACCCGACAUACACUCUGGUGGUUCAGGCUGCUGACCUUCAAGGAGACGGCUUGAGCACAACAGCAAAAGCCGUGAUCACCGUCCUGGAUGUUAAUGACAACGCUCCCGUCUUCAACCCAAUCACGUACCAGGGUCAAGUACUUGAGAAUGAGGUCAACGCCCACAUCGUCACGCUCAAAGUGACUGAUGAUGAUGUCCCCCACACUCCAGCAUGGAACGCCGUGUAUACCGUUGUCAACGAUCCUGAGCAGCAGUUCAUUGUCAUCACAGACCCCAACACCAAUGAUGGCAUUCUGAAGACAGCCAAGGGCUUGGAUUUUGAGGCCAAGCAGCAGUACAUUCUGCAUGUGACAGUGGAGAAUAAGGAACCCUUUGAGGGGUCUCUUGUCAUUUCCACAGCCACUGUCACGGUGGAUGUGAUAGACGUGAAUGAAGCUCCCAUUUUUGUGCCUGCGGAGAAGAGAGUCGAAGUGCCUGAAGACUUAGGCGUGGGUCUGGAAAUCACAGCUUAUACCGCUCGAGAACCGGACACAUUCAUGGAACAGAAGAUCACGUAUCGGAUCUGGAGGGACACUGCCAACUGGCUGGAGAUUAACCCAGAGACUGGUGCCAUUUUCACCCGGGCUGAGAUGGACAGGGAAGACAUGGAGCAUGUGAAGAACAGCACAUAUACAGCUCUCAUCAUCGCCACAGAUGACGGCUCACCCAUUGCCACCGGCACGGGGACGCUUCUCCUGGUCCUGUUAGACGUCAACGACAACGCCCCCAUCCCAGAGCCUCGGAACAUGCAGUUCUGCCAGAGGAACCCACAGCCCCAUAUCAUCACCAUCGUGGAUCCAGACCUUCCCCCCAACACCUCCCCCUUCACCGCUGAGCUAACCCACGGGGCCAGCGUCAACUGGACCAUCGAGUAUAAUGACGCAGCCCAAGAAUCUCUCAUUUUGCAACCGAGAAAGGACUUGGAGAUUGGUGAAUACAAAAUCAGUCUUAAGCUCAUGGAUAACCAGAACAAAGACCAGGUGACCACGUUGGACGUCCACGUGUGUGACUGCGAAGGGACUGUCAACAACUGCAUGAAGGCGGGUUCCGUGGAAGCGGGAUUGCAAGUUCCUGCCAUCCUCGGAAUCCUUGGAGGGAUCCUGGCCCUGCUGAUUCUGAUCCUGCUGCUCCUGCUGUUUCUACGGAGGAGAACGGUGGUCAAAGAGCCCCUGCUGCCACCGGAUGAUGAUACCCGGGACAAUGUGUAUUACUAUGAUGAGGAAGGAGGUGGAGAAGAAGACCAGGACUUUGAUUUGAGCCAGCUGCACAGGGGCCUGGAUGCCCGUCCCGAAGUGACUCGAAAUGAUGUGGCUCCCACCCUCAUGAGCGUGCCCCAGUAUCGUCCCCGUCCGGCCAAUCCUGAUGAGAUCGGGAACUUCAUCGAUGAAAACCUGAAGGCAGCCGACAGUGACCCCACGGCGCCCCCUUAUGACUCUCUGUUGGUGUUCGACUACGAGGGUAGUGGUUCCGAAGCUGCUAGCCUGAGCUCGCUGAACUCCUCCGAGUCGGAUCAGGACCAGGACUACGAUUAUCUGAAUGAGUGGGGCAACCGAUUCAAGAAGCUGGCGGACAUGUAUGGUGGUGGCGAGGACGACUAGGGGGACCAGCAAGUCGCCCCGUGUGGCACCGUGGGAGAUGCAGACUAGUGAUGUCGGUGUGUCAGUGGUCUUUCAGCUCCUUCCCUGAGUUUGUAGAAAAGAGACUGAUCUGAGAAGUGUGCAGAUUGCAUAGUGGUCCCGCUCUCCUACCAGUCUGUCUGUGUUAGGACGGUUUUCACUGAUUGUUGAAAAUUGUUUUUUUAACAGUGCUGGGAUAUGAGCUGCGCCUUUUUUUUCCCUUUUCCCUUUUUUUUUCUUUAAGCUAUGUUCUGCUCUAGACACACAGCCCCAAGUCCUUUACCCCUUACUAAUUUUUUUCCAUUGUGUACUUUCCCUCAUUACCAUGUUUGCGUGCGUUCUAUAUUCUAAUCGCCAUAGUGUUCUGUCAUUUAUCCAGAGAACUCACUUGCAGUGGCAUUACUUGUUCCUGUGUGUCUGGGGCAGAACAGAAUAAGGGACUGCUACGCAUGCUAAACACUCUCAGAUAUGUUGCUUUGAUUUUUCUACCCAGUGCUGUGAUUUGGAACCCGCAGGGAGGUUUCCGGGCACCGCUUGGUUUCUUGUGUUUCUUUCAAACCAACACUAAAGAAUAGUGUUCUCUGAGAGAGACUAGAGUGCCACCACCAAAGAUGGGGACAAGAGCAUGCCAGUGAACCUGGCCAGUUGGCACACUGAUGGUGAGGGUGCACAGAUGGCUAGGCCUCUUUUCCCCACAAAAUUUCUGGAAAAUAGGGGUAUCUCAAUCAGUGUUUCCCAGCUGGAAUUUUUGACCAUGUAUUCCUAAAGCCCAGUAGGCACCUCCUACUGUACCCUCCUGUGCCUACUUUUCAUGAUAGUUACAGGAAGUGCUGGUUGAUUUAGACCCACGUUGCUCAGUUCUAAGUAUAGAAAACUGAGAAUAUGCUGGAUGUGGUCCACACAUUUUUAAUCCCAGCAGGCAGAGGCAGUUGGAUCUCCCUGAGUUCAAGGCCAGCAUGGACUAGUAAGCGAAUUCUAGGACAGCCAGGGCUACACAGAGAAACUCUGUCUCUGAAAACCAAACAAGAAAACUGACCAUAUUACAAAUUGUGCAUUUUCUCAGGAAGCAGGAAGGAAACAUUGUUCUAAUGGGAAAAAGGAGGCCUGAGCCUUGAGACUUUUUUUUUCUUUCAUUCAAAAUGCUAAUCUCACCAGGUGGUGGUGGUGCAUGCCUGUAAUCCCAGCACUCUGGGAGGCAGAGGCAGGCGGAUUUCUGAGUUCAAGGCCAGCCUGGUCUACCGAGUGAGUUCCAGGACAGCCAGGGCUACACAGAGAAACCCUGCCUCAAAAAAACCAAAAAUCCAAAAUGCAAAUCUCAGCUUUUUCAUAACCACUGGAGAGAAUUUCAUUCAAAGUGCUGUAUACUUACCUAAUUUUUGGAAGAAAACAAUGACCACAAUCAACUGUGAGAACUGUUGAUUUCUCUGUAGUUUAAUCGUGUAAUGUUGAUAGAGUGUCCUUUGUAUGUAAUUUGAGUGUAUGUGUGUGGGUGCUGAUAAUUUUGUAUUUUGUGGGGGUUGGAAAAGGUAAACAAUUGAAACUGUUCUCUUUAAGAUGCAUUUUUAUGAAUUUUAUUAAAGAGUUUUGUUAAACUGUU